GGGCGGGUGCGCGCGCAUGCGCCGUGCGCCCCGGCUGUCCUCCCGGCCUGGAGUCCCGGUUCCGCAUCCCCGCGGCCCGGCCUGAUGUACCGAGCACUGUACGCCUUCCGCUCGGCGGAGCCCAACGCGCUGGGGUUCGCCGCGGGCGAGACCUUCCUGGUGCUGGAGCGCAGCAGCACGCACUGGUGGCUGGCGGCGAGGGCGCGCAGUGGGGAGACGGGCUACGUGCCCCCCGCCUACCUGCACCGCCUGCAGGGCCUGGACCAUGAUGUCCUCCAAGCCAUUGAUCGGGCCAUCGAGGCUGUGCACAAUGCUGCCAUGCGGGAUGGGGGCAAGUACAGCCUGGAGCAGCGAGGGGUCCUCCAGAAGCUGAUCCACCACCGGAAGGAGACAUUGUCCCGCAGAGGCCCCACGGCUGCCACCAACCCAGCAGCUCUGCCCCCGUCCACCAGUGACCAUCACCUGGACGCUGCCAGGCAGCCCAAUGGGGUCUGUCGAACGGGCUUCGAGAGACAGCACAGCCUGCCUAGUUCUGAGUUCCUCGGCGGGGCCGAUGGUGGGCUCUACCAGAUCCCACCACAGCCUCGCCGAGCAGCACCCACGACACCACCGCCACCCGUGAAGCGUCGCGACCGUGAUGCCCUGGUGAUAUCAGGGAGCGGUAGCCGCAAUGCCACGACCUCAGGGGGCAGCUCUGUGUGCAGUGGCUCCUCGGUCAGCAGCACGUCCCUGGACACGCUCUACACGGGCUGCAGCUCCACUGAGUCGGGGUCUAGCUGCUCACCCACGCCCCCUCCUGUGCCCCGCCGCGGCGCCCAUACCACCAUGUCCCAAACUCCAUCUUCCAAGGAGCCUGUCCCGGAGUCCUCUACUGAGGAAGAAGCAGUAGCAGCCCCAGAGGCACCGGAGGCGGUGGCUGCUCCAAGCCCAGAGACCACCGAGGAAAAGGCAGCGGGCGAGACAGUCGUGCCCAGGACCAUCGGUGCAGAACUGAUGGAGCUGGUGCGGAGAAACACAGGCCUGAGCCAUGACCUUUGCCGUGUGGCCAUAGGCGUCGUGGUGGGCCACAUCCAGGCCUCUGUGCCGGCCAGCUCCCCGGUUAUGGAGCAGGUCCUCCUCUCGCUGGUGGAAGGCAAGGACAUGAACAGUGCCCUGCCCUCAGGGCAAGUGUGCCAUGACCAGCAGCGGCUUGAAGUGAUCUUUGCCGACCUGGCCCGCCAUAAGGACGAUGCCCAGCAGCGGAGCUGGGCCCUGUACGAGGACGAGAGUGUCAUCCGCUGCUACCUGGAAGAGCUGCUACACAUUCUGACCGAUGCAUACCCUGAAGUGUGCAAGAAAAUGUGCAAGAGGAAUGAGUUCGAGUCUGUGCUGGCCUUGGUAGCCUAUUAUCAAAUGGAGCACCGGGUGUCUCUGAGACUGCUGCUCCUUAAGUGCUUCGGCGCCAUGUGCAGCCUGGAUGCAGCCAUCAUCUCUACACUGUUGUCAUCUGUGCUGCCGGUGGAGCUGGCACGGGACAUGCAGACGGACACGCAGGACCACCAGAAGCUCUGUUACUCUGCCCUCAUCUUGGCCAUGGUCUUCUCCAUGGGCGAGGCAAUACCCUACGCGCACUACGAUCACCUUGGCACACCCUUUGCCCAAUUUUUGCUGAGCAUUGUUGAGGAUGGGCUGCCCCUGGACACCACAGAGCAGCUGCCGGAUCUCUGCGUGAACCUGCUUCUGGCCCUCAACCUGCACCUACAAGCCCCUGACCAGAACGUCAUCAUGACUGCCCUGAGCAAGCAUGCCAAUGUCAAGAUCUUCUCUGAGAAGCUGCUACUGCUGGUGAACAGAGGGGAUGACCCGGUGCGCAUCUUCAAGCACGAGCCCCAGCCGCCUCACUCCGUUCUCAAGUUCCUGCAGGACGUGUUCGCCAGCCCCGACACUGCGACCAUCUUCUACCACACCGACAUGAUGGCUCUCAUCGACAUCAUCGUGAGGCACAUCUCGGACCUGUCCCCCGGAGAAAAGCUGCGGAUGGAAUACCUCUCCCUGAUGCAUGCCGUGGUCCGCUCCACGCCCUACCUGCAGCACCGCCACCGACUUCCCGACCUGCAAGCUACCCUGCGGCGCAUCCUGGCCGAGGAAGACGCCUCGCCCCAGUGCCAGAUGGAUCGCAUGAUUGUCCAGGAGAUGUGCAAGGAAUUCCCUGAGCUGGGCGAGGCCCCCAGCUAGCACCCGCUUGCUUGCUGCCCCUCUGCGGCCCGGGCAGGGUGCAGGGGACCCUAAGCUGGACCCUGAGAGUAUUUUGCACUGACAGUGUGAGGGGAGAUGGUGGUGGUGGAAGGGACUAGAAACAGGGCCCCCUCACACCCUAGGGAGCGCGAAUGUGAAGGGCCAAGUACGGGAUUGGGAACCAUAUUCUGGGAGCUGCACUGGAAUGGGGGACGUGUGAGCCGAAACCCCCGCCAUCUCCCAGCAGGCUACACCUUCAGCAUGCCCCCCUCCCUGCCUUCCAUGCGUGCACACACACAGUUCUGUGGCUAUUCCGGGUGGGCUUGAGCCCGAAGCCCCCCCACCCACACUCGACCCCCUGGCCUGGUCCAUAUCUGGGCCUGAUGAGGCCUGGCCUUGGGGUGAGGGAAGACCCACCCACCAGCUCUGUUCUUUGCCUUAGCUUUGCAGUGAGUGCUGCUUGUGCGCCCCACCCCAAGGGGGUGCUGUUCUUGCCCCCCCUCCCAGGGACCCUGGUCAAGCUACUGCCAGGGAGCAGAGCCCUGCCUGGGUCCAGGCCAUUUCUGGAACCUCACUGAAGUAGGGGGGGGGGGCACUCGGAGCCAACGACAGAAUCUAUUUUCUCUGUAAAGAUAUAGAUUGAAAAGCCAUGUGUAUUUUCCUAUGUGCUGCGACUCACCUUUGAAAAUAAAUGACAGACCUCUAGAAA